AUGCUGGCGAUACGAAAUAAUAUAAAAUGUUACGAAAAAUUGAACAAAACAGUUGAAGGCAAUGAAGCAGUCGCAGUACAAAUAGAAACAUCAUUUGGACAUCUUCUCAUAGCAUCUAUAUAUGUUCCACCAAAUAUAAAACUUCAUCACGAACUUUUUGAACAAAUAUAUGAUUUAAAUAAUGAUUGUCUUAUUCUUGGUGAUCUUAAUGCUUCUCUUCAAUGUAUGGGAUCAAAAAAAACCAACGCGAAAGGUCUUCAACUACAACAAGUUCUCUACGAAGGCUAUCUUCAAUGUAUAGAUAAUGUCAUUACUACUUAUAUCAGGAACAAUUAUGAAGAAAAAAUCGAUUGGAUCUUAGCAAAUCAACCUACGAUUACGUUUAUAAACAAUGUUGAAACACAAGCGCCAUUUGGCCUCAAAGAAGAUCAUAAACCAUUAACAUUUAAUCUAAAUAUGUCGGCUGAACUAAAACCACAAUCUCCUCGAAUAUCCUUCAAUUUUAAAUUGGCCAACUGGCAGUUCUAUCGAAAUAAAUUAAAUGAUCUUUUGAGCAAAAUCGAUCAGAAGAAAACAAUCACGACAGUAGAGCAGAUUGAAACAUAUGUAUUAGCACUUACAGAAUGCAUUGCUACUGCGACCAAAACAGCAAUUCCUUUAACCAAUGGAAUAUUGAAAAAUUUCCAAAUUUCCAAAACAACAAAAAAACUUAUUGAAUGUAAACAUCGAGCUUUUAGAAAAUGGAGAAGAACGAACAAUGACAAUGAUAAAAAAGAAUAUUAUAAUAGUAGAGCACUUCUAGCAAAUGCUCUUCGAAAUGAACGAAUUGAAAAAAUGAACCAAAUAAUGUCAUCACUAAGAGAAAACAAAAUGAGUUCAGAUAAAGUAUGGGCAGCUGUCCGUAAAUUUCACAACAAGAGAAUGAAGCAAUCACAUACAGGUGAAUUAAUAUACCAAAACCAAAUAGCCAACACCGACUAUGAAAAAGCCAAUUUAUUUGCAUCAUAUUUUGAGAAUGAAAUAUUCGUCGAAAAACCAGAUCAUCUACCUUUUCACAAACAAGUUAGGAAAAAGGUGGAAGGAAUUAAAAGAAGAUUAACAAGAACAGACAACAAAAAUAAAACACCUCCAAUAACUAAGAAAGAAAUUAAAUCAAUACUGAAACAACUGCCAAAUAGUUCACCUGGUCCUGAUUCCAUACACAAUCGUUGUCUCAAAAACUACACACCAUCAUUGAUUCAACAUCUUGAAAAGGUUUUUAACUCAAUCAUCGAUAUUGGAUAUAUUCCACGUAUUUGGAAAAACGCCAACAUCAUUCUUUUACUUAAACCAAAAAAAGAUCCAAAGCAACCGUCGAGUUAUCGACCAAUAAGUCUAUUAAGCUGCAUAGGAAAAGUUUUAGAGAAAAUUAUCAAGCAGAGGAUGUUUAAAGAAUUAAAUGAAAGAAAUAUUUUACCAUCACAUCAAGCUGGUUUUCGACCACAUAGAAGCACUAUGUAUAAUAUUAUUCGACUUGAACGAUAUGCUCGAGAACAAUUGCAAAAACGACAACACUCAGCAGUAAUUUUUUUUGACAUAAAAGCAGCUUUCGAUACCGUAUGGUUCGAUGGAAUAAUUUACAAGUUAUUUGAUCUACGACUACCAGAGUAUUUAAUAUGUUAUAUUAUAUCUUUUCUUGAUAAUCGAACUGCUUCAAUAGAAAUAGAAAAUAUUUUAUCAAAAUCAAUUUUAUUAAGAAGUGGAACACCUCAAGGCUCUCCAUUAUCACCACUACUAUACAUAAUAUAUACGAGUGAUUCGAUGAACAGCAUUCAUCAACAUACAGAACAUGGAUUAUUUGCUGACGACACAGCACUGUGGACAACAUCAAAUACCAUUACAAACUUAAAUUAUCGUCUUCAAUCGUCAAUAAAUGAAUUUCAGAAAUGGUGUAGUUCGUGGAAGUUGACUAUCCAGCCCACAAAAACCGAGCUAUUGUAUUUCAGCCCUCAUCCACGAAAAAAAUAUAGGAAAAAAUUAGAAAUUGAAGUUGAAGAUGUUAUUAUCAAACCAACAUCUUCAGCAAGGUAUCUGGGCGUUAUGUUUGAUCAUAAACUGGAUUGGAGAACUCAAGUGAAACACGUCGAAACUAAAGUGGCAUCAAGAAUUAGUCUCCUUAGAUUUCUGUCUAAAUUAAAUCCAAAUGCCAAUCUCAAUACGAUGCUUACUCUAUAUAAAUCAUUAGUUCGAUCGGUUAUUUCUUAUGGAUCUAUUAUCUUGUUAACAGCUAAAGAAAAUAUAUGGAAACGUUUACAAACAAUUCAAAACAAAGCGUUAAAAGCAACACUAGGUCUCCCAAUGUAUACAUCAACUAAAUAUGUUCAUAGUAUAAGCAAAAUACAAGAAAUAAAGACAUAUUCAACAACAUUACUUGAACAAUCAAUUACACGAGCUAGAAUCUAUAAUGAUAAAAUAACUGAAAAUAAUCUAUUAAAGAUUCAACUAUAUAUUAAACGAAGUGAUAUAUAA